AUGGUUGCAACUUUCUCGCCGCACCGGGACUCCGGUGGUACCCUCCAUCUCCCAUCGCAUUCACCACUCCACGUCGAUGCUAGCUCUGCGAUCCGCCAGCUCCGGCGCUCACUGUCGCGCUCGCCCUCCAAAAGUUCCAACUUCUUCCUUCACUCUCGCAACCAGUCUCCCUCGAAGGCCACCUCCUACAUCGGCUCACCUCUGUCGCCCUCGCGGCGAGCUUCGCACAACAACUUUGUCCUUUUGCCCUCAUCGGGGCAACAAUCUCCUCUAGCGAUCCCAUAUCCCCCCAGCGCAAAGAUUACGCGACCGGCCAUGCGUCGACGAACAUCGCCCCGCAGUCCGGCCAAACGCGCUCUAACGGUGUCCACAGACGGCGGCAACGCGACUCCUACCCAGUCCAUUCCUAUGGCCCAUGGCGAAGAAAAUGCAUUGACCCUGGAUGACUUGGCUGACCCAAGUGAGAGCAUCGCCUGCCCUAAUUCAGGCUUCAUCACCACUCCAGCCCCCGCCCAAACCGAACCAGCUUUCGCUCCACGGCCCACUCUUUCGCGCAUAGAGAAGCGGCGCAGUGGCACCUUUGGCACUUUUGCGACUGUCAGUCCAUUGAAGCGUAGUGACGGCAUCAUGAACUUGGACCAAGCCUCUCGCGGAAGUCCGUCCGCAAAGCGACGCAGUGUGCAUACCCCUACCUUUCCCACCGAUUUUAGUAUCUUCGACCACGAUUGUGAAACGGCGCCUGCAAGUCCAUCUGGCGCCUCCGCGUCUGAAUUCUCUUUCCCCAGUCCCAUUCAACCUUUCAGUCCCUUUGCUACCAUCCCCAAACGCUCCUCCUCACUUCGACGAUCAACUCUUCAACAGCGCCAAGGAGAGCGCUCUCUAUUUGGACGACCUAAAAUGGGCGAUUCGGAGGCAUCACCUGGUACUCCACUGGCAGUUCGACCACGCAUGUCAUUUGACAGCAGUCUUUUCGAGAGUGGACAAGAGACCAAUCUUUUUUCUCCUCGUCCUCCUCCAGCGAGUCCUCUCUUCUCUCCAAACCCUGCAACGAACACCAAUAAUGUCGCCACAACUCAGCCUCCUCGACCCGCUGCUCAUCCUCUCUCUCGUACGAUCACCCAAUCUUCUUCUGGGUCGAGUCUCGAUGACUCACCUACACAUGAACCUGUUCACAAGCCCGAAAGAGCGUCACGGCCCAUAUUCAACUUCUCUAAAUCACUUCCAGCUGGGACGACCCGCCCUGCGCCAGUUCGCCGCGUAACACGUGAAGACUCAUCCGAGUCGUUCGCGACCCCCGAGAACUACAAGCUAGUCAAGCCUCUACCGGCUGCAUUCAUGUCCACUGGUUUGAUUUCCAAGAAGAAUCGCAAUGCAGAGGAACCUCAUGGUGCAAGCUUCAACAAGAAUAUGCCGGAUACUCCGUGUAAGCGGCCGGUGAACAUCUUUACAGCUGGGCCCAACCCCCCGUGGACAGUCUUUUCAAUAAGUCCCAGCUUGGCCGACAAUCCGAGGCUAUACCCGCCUCUCCUUUUAAUCCUCCGGGAUCCUCUCACCUUCAAUCGUCCUGAGCCCACGCGCCGCGGAAGCCUUGUGAGCGUUGAUGGUGACGAUAUGCUUCAAGCGCAGUCUCCAUCAUCACGACACGACAGCCAGCCAUUGACUGACUCUGACUUUCCUCCUACCCCCACCAAGCAAGCUUUUCUGCCCUCUCGUACCUACCCUCCCGCUACGUCUCAAAUCGCUUCGCUUGAGCGUCUCUCAGAAUCCAGAGGCAGCGCCAAUUCGACUCCGUUGCGCGAUCGGUUCCUGCAGGCGUCACCUCGAACUCCUCGUGAACAAUUCUUCCCGCCCGAUCCCAGUGGCUUGUCCAUAUCCGCCCCGAAUGAUCAACAAUCUCUCCAGCCAGACUUUAGCAGCAGUCACAAUCUCCCUGCCACGCCCACCGGGCCUCGCGAAUCCUUACUCUCAAGCAAACGCCCUAGUCUUCAACUCAGUGGCUACCAUGCCCCUGACGUGGACUCUAGCCUCACUUCACGAUUUGAUACAGUCGAGCUGAUUGGAACCGGUGAAUUCUCUCAAGUUUACCGGGUGGCACAGCCCCACGAUGCUUUUCCCUCUGUAUUUUCUCUUCCCUCUAGCGGACCCAAGUCCCCCACUGUUCUGCCUCACCAGGUCUGGGCUGUGAAGAAAAGCAAGCAUCCCUACUCGGGUCUUAAAGACCGCGAGCGCCGCAUUCGGGAGGUCGAGGUACUGAAGACUUUGGUUAACUCCGACCAUGUUAUCUCAUUCAUGGACAGCUGGGAAGAUCAUGGCCACUUGUACAUUCAAACAGAAUUCUGCGAAGAGGGCAGUCUGGAUGUUUUUUUGGCACAGGCGGGUUUGAAGGCUCGCCUGGACGAUUUCCGCAUCUGGAAGAUCUUGCUUGAAUUGUCCUUUGGGCUGAAGCACAUUCAUGACCAAGGAUUCAUUCACCUGGACUUGAAGCCUGCCAACAUUCUCGUGACCUUUGAAGGCGUGUUGAAGAUUGGAGAUUUCGGUAUGGCCACACGCUGGCCUGCCGAAGACGGCAUUGAAGGCGAAGGUGACCGGGAGUACAUUGGACCAGAGAUUCUGAUGGGUCAUUUUGACAAGCCCGCUGAUAUCUUCUCUCUGGGUCUCAUAAUGUUUGAGAUUGCUGGUAAUGUGGAGCUGCCGGAUAAUGGAGUAUCCUGGCAAAAGCUUCGCAAUGGAGAUAUGAGUGAUGUUCCGAGUCUCACCUGGAGCUCAGAGACUAGCAUCUUCCGCGAUGCAUCCGGCAACCCAGUUUCUGAGGAGUCAUCCUUUGAGGAGCUUUGCGCUUCUGAUCUUGGCGACGACGACUUUGGUGAUAACUUCUUGGCAAAUCGCAAAGUGAAUACCCAUAAGCUGUCCCGGCUCGCCCGCAGUGGGGAGUUGAUUAAUCCCCCCGUUUUUAUGAUCGACGCUCACCACACCCAAGCUCUGGAUAAGAUUGUCCGUUGGAUGAUCUCACCUGAGCCACUUGACCGACCAACUGCCGACCAAAUUCUAGAAACCUAUGGUGUGCAAUUUGUGAAUCAACGCCGUCGCGCGGGCGCUACUGUCUUCGAGGGCAACUGGGGGCCCGCGGAUGAGAUCUUGGCUGAAGAUGCCGAAAUGAUCGAUGUGUAA